ACAGGGAUAGAGAGCGCCUUUUCCGAGCGCUGGCUGCGCCUCAGUCGGUUCUGUGCAUCCUGCAGUUGUGCCGCGCAAAGGCGCGACUUUCCUCCGGUCCCGGGACGGCAGCGGGACAACUUGGAAAACUUCUCUGGGGCGGACUCAGAGACGCCGGGCACCGGUGGAAGAGGAUGUAGGUGAUCGAUGGCUAGUCCCGGUUGUCCCCGGACCUCCUAGGCCGCUUUUGGUGAGGCUAUGGGACUCCAGAGCCAUCCGCACCACCGGGGGGACGGCCCCCUCCUGUAGCGGAGCCAGAGUGGCGCUGUCUCCCGCGGAACGUGGGUUUGGCCAGCAGCGAUCCCUCUGGACGUGUCCGGCCCACCAUGGACCACCAAGAGCCCUACUCCGUGCAAGCCACCGCCGCCAUCGCGUCGGCCAUCACCUUCCUCAUCCUUUUCACCAUUUUCGGCAACGCACUGGUUAUUCUGGCUGUGUUGACUAGCCGCUCACUCCGUGCACCACAAAACCUGUUCCUGGUGUCACUGGCAGCCGCGGACAUCCUAGUAGCCACUCUUAUCAUCCCUUUCUCUCUGGCCAACGAGCUGCUGGGUUACUGGUACUUCUGGCGCACAUGGUGCGAGGUCUACCUGGCACUAGAUGUGCUCUUCUGUACCUCCUCCAUCGUGCACCUGUGUGCUAUCAGCCUGGACCGAUACUGGGCAGUGAGCCGAGCAUUGGAGUACAACUCCAAGCGCACCCCGCGCCGCAUCAAAUGCAUCAUCCUCACAGUGUGGCUCAUUGCAGCCGUCAUUUCUCUGCCGCCCCUCAUCUACAAGGGUGAUCAGCGCCCGGAGCCCCCCGGGCCCCCCCAGUGUGAGCUCAACCAAGAGGCCUGGUACAUCUUGGCUUCCAGCAUCGGCUCUUUCUUUGCUCCCUGUCUCAUCAUGAUCCUCGUCUACCUGCGGAUCUAUGUAAUUGCCAAACGCAGCCACUGCCGAGGUCCCAGGGCCAAAAGGGGCUCUGGGGAGGGUGAGUGCAAGCAGCCUCGUCCUGUCGCUGGGGGAGCUCCAACCUCAGCUAAGGUGCCAACCCUGGCCUCCCCUCUGUCUUCUGUGGGAGAGGCCAAUGGGCACCCCAAGCCUCCAAGGGAGAAGGAGGAGGGGGAGACCCCUGAAGAUCCUGAGUCCAGGGCUUUGCCACCCAACUGGUCUGCCCUUCCAAGAUCAGGCCAGGGCCAGAAGAAGUGCAUGGGUGGGGCAACUGCAGAGGAGGGAGUUGAAGAGGAGGAUGAAGAGGAGGUGGAAGAGUGUGAACCCCAACCCCUGCCAGCAUCUCCUGCCUCCGUAUGCAGCCCACCCUUGCAGCAGCCUCAGGCUUCCCGGGUGUUGGCCACUCUUCGUGGCCAGGUGCUUCUGGGCAGGACUGUGGGUGCGGCCAGUGGGCGUUGGUGGCGCCGACGGACACAGCUGAGCCGGGAGAAGAGGUUCACCUUCGUGCUAGCAGUGGUCAUUGGCGUUUUUGUGGUCUGCUGGUUCCCUUUCUUCUUCAGCUAUAGCCUGGGGGCCAUCUGCCCACAGCGCUGCAAGGUCCCACAUGGCCUCUUCCAGUUCUUCUUCUGGAUUGGCUAUUGCAACAGCUCUCUGAAUCCUGUUAUCUACACCAUCUUCAACCAGGACUUCCGACGUGCCUUUCGAAGGAUCCUUUGCCGGCAGUGGACCAAGACUGCCUGGUGAGCUUGGCUGCUCGCUGCCUGUGCCCGGGGUUGGUGCCAGGACCACCUGAUGGUUGUUCCCCACCCCCGUAGUCUCUGUGACCAUUUCCCUGGGGCACACUUGCAGACCUCAUCCUCAGACCCCCCUAAAGGGAAAGGAUAAAAGUGCUGUUCCCAGGGGCCCAUCUGAAACCUCCCUUGCUUUCUGUACUGUGGGGUAGCUCUUCUCCACUUUCCUGAGCAAGGGCAGCUUGGAUCUUCCAGAAUGUAGCCAAGGCCAGACUGAAUUGAAGUACCUCCC